CUACAGCUAAACCAAUCGAAGCAACAAAAGAAAAAGAAAACGUUAAACCCUAAUUAAAAAGCUCCUCCCCUCCCCCGAAGCGAAAUCAAAGAGGUGUGCCAAAUCGAAGUGGGGAGGCUAGAGAGGUGCUAUUCUUAACCUCUAAUUUGUGCAAUGGUGGAGGUUUGGUGGUCUUUGCUGGGGGCGGCCAUUCCGGCCAUCAUAGCAGGCCAAGCCAUUCGAGUGAAGAGGAGGCACGCAGAGGAGCAGAGGCUUAAUAGCGCUCGCGGACGCGAAAAGAAUUCGGAUGAAGUUUUUGUCUGUGAGAGGGUCUGCACUUCAAAGAGAAUGCUGAAAAAAGUUGGGGCAUUCUCAAAGGACCCGACCCCUGAUACAUGUGUCACGGUCUGCGGUGUUUCUGAGCUUGAUGCUUGUACUGAUGCUUGUGCUCGUACUGUUUGCGUUAACCAACACCAAGUCCCCAAUUGGAAUGACAUCUGCCUGAAAAGGUGCCAAAGCGAAUGCCUUAAACUUUCUUCAUCUUCUGUCAACUAGGGUUCAAAUUUUACAUCAUAAAUGAAAGUACAUGAUCUAUUUACCUUGAUCGAGAGUGUGGCACAUGAUCGGAGUUACAGGAUUGCAGAUUUUAUCUUGUAUGUGCUAUCUUGUUAUAUUAUUUUUUAAUGUUAUGCUUUGUUUCAGACUCUAAUCCAUUUUUGUUUCAUAAUCUGUUUAUGUUGGAAACUCUUGUUUUUUGGC